CAUUGCUGAAGUUGAAAAGAAAAAGACAGAACUGAACGAUCUCCCGCAUCUGUUAAAAGAAAAGUGCCUACUUGUAGGUACAUUUCAAGAUUUCCUUGAAAUGAGAAGAAUGGAAGAUUGGGAGAGCACAUAUAAAUUGAUUCGAUUCAAAAUUACGAGUAUUGAAGUUCAAAUCGAUGAAAAUGAGAGGUCCUUGUUCUCCGACUUCGGAAACAUCACUUGGAAAUUUCGAAACGGAAGAUGGGGAGCUCGAGUAAACGGCAUUCGGUGGACUGGGCGGGAAGAUGAUGUCAACUUCUUUUAAAUCAGCACUGAUUUCAUUGCGCGCUCGAACAGAAUGAAACAAUUCAUCAUCAGAAUUUGGGAGGAGAGUGAUUUCGGCGAUUUCGCUACAGAGCUUAAAAUGCCAAAUACAAAUCAUCUCGAAUGGCUUGAAAUGUCACUUAUGUCGGAACACCUACCACAUGAUUUGGGAAUGAAAAUCAUAAGAGCAACGCGUCCAGGAGUUCUGAAAACUGUGAGAGUUGUAUCGGUAAAUCCAAUUGCAACCAAUAUUCAACUAUUCGCUCUACCACAAUGGAAUCUUCUGGAAGCGGUGAAGCUACAAGUUGAGAAUCUCGAUUCGAGGAAUAUGUGCCAUUUUGAAUUCGGAAAGUUUAUCGUUCAAAAUGCCAAUAUCGGCGUCAUUGAUGCUAUGAUGCAAGGAUUCAUGGUAAAUGAAAAUUUCGAGAAGAAACAAAUCAAUGUCACCGAUGACGUUGAUGGGUGGAGAUUGGACAUGCAGUUGAGAAAUCGCCACGAGCUCGCUCCCGGCAUCGCCGAAGCCAAUGUCGAGCUGGAAGAGGGUGGAAAGAAGUACAGACUAACAAUGUCUGCCGGAGAAUUCAAGCUGGCUUUGGUCAAACAAUUUUUUAAAUCAGUGAAAUUAUUCCGAUAAGGCUAAAAAAGUCAGAAAAAGGGGAGGAAAUUUUUUAGAAAUUCGUAUUAUUCAAUUGAAAACGGGGUUGAAAGGUUAGGAAUUUCAAAAUUAAUUGAUAAGGGGGCCGAUUGAUAUGAAAUUCCUUUUUUUUGAUAUUUGGGCGGGAAAAUUAGGAUUUUUUACGUUUUAAAUGAAAGGUGGAAAACGUGGUUCAAUUCUGAAACUUGGCAGAAUAUUCGGAAAAAUUUCACUGAUUUAUGAUUUUUUUUUUAAAUAUAUUUUAUUGUAAACUACUAUUUGAUGGUGAUUUUUUCUUGUAUUAAAUAAAAGAUGAAGGA